AUGGGUCGGAAAUCCCGGAAAAAGAGUGAAGUUACAGUAGCCGAGUCGUCGUCCUCCGAGUCACUCACUGACGAUUCCGACCCAGAGUCCAUCGAGGAGAAGGAGGAUGUCAAAGAGAAGUUCCCCACCCUCGAAGACUUCCUCAAUCGCCGUCCGAAAAUCUACCAGCCAGUCGACAAAAAUGAUGCUGGAGCCAGAGUCGGUCAAACUUCAGAACUGCUCUAUGAUGCCCUCGAAGAUUAUUCUGUUUUCAUGCAUUACAGCUUGGCGCUAAAAAGAAGAAUGCGAACUGGAAUCGACGAGAUCGAUCUUGGGACGAAAAAGAUCAUGCGCACGGCCAACAUUCCCGGCGGAGAACAGGCAAGCUUCGAUAAUCAAAUCAAGUGGCUCACCGAAAGAGCUCAAAAACGGCGUAAUGAAAUGGCCGAAAUGCUCGCCAAGGUUAAGAAAGAAGCUGCUCUGAUGAAGGAUGCGAAGAUCAAGAUCCUCAAGUUCCCCAAGAUGGAUGAAGAGGUAGAGCUGCUUUUCAAGUGGAACAAGCAGCGAGUGCCGAACAUAAGGGAUGAUUUGCCACAAGUUCUGAAGGAGCUAGCCAAGCUCAAGAAACUCGAACAAAAACUUCACCGAAAGUUGGAAGAGGAAAUGGACGAACUAAAGCCUCGCUGCUCCCUUAUGUAA